GUGCCAUCCAAUGUGUACAGUGCUACGAGUACCUUGCGCACUAUACCUGAUGGCCGCCCCCAACGUCCAAGGUCGGGGUAGAGUCGCAAGUCGUCAAGCCCCCAUGAUUGCCAACCCAGGACUGACUCUCCACCAUAACCCCCAGUCUUCUGUCGGGAGCCGCCGCGAAGAAUUCCCGGCUUCUCACAGCGUUGCGAGGUACUCCUUCCUAGCGACUUCAAGGAAAUCCAUCCGUCGUCUUGUCAAGUCCAAAUUGUUGCAUCUAGGUUGAUGACAUAGGUACAUACCUGAGCGUGAUCUUCAUCUUCAUCCAGGCCUGCAACCCACGCAACCACGAUCAAUUAAUUCCCUUCAGCCUCUGCCUAUUAAUAUAUCUUCCCGUUGAUUGCUUGCGCGACCGUUAUUAGCGACCGAACCGACCCAAAGGCACAAGCAACACAUGCCAGCCAAUAUACGACAAACCCCGGUUCCAGAGUCCCUCCUUAGGCUUGUUCUUAUUUCCAGAGUCUUUCUUUGGCCUUUUCUAAAUCAAGUUUGAUAAAGAAGCUAGGCGACGCCACGCCCGCCUCAACUCUAACGCCCGUUCCCGCCCCGAUCUCCUGGAAUCGUUACUUCUGCCCGGCCUUGUCGAUCACAGACCCCCUUGCCCUGUUUCUUCCGAAGCACUUCCGCUCUUGUCACCGUCCCAUCAAUUCUCUGAGCCAUUGUACAAGGCUUGUCGGAGCCCGCAAGUCGCGCUUACUUGCAACCUACCAAAAAGCAAGCAGGCCUCCGUCUGGAAACAGCAAACAUGCCUACUCCAUCCAACCUCCACAACACGGAUUCUCGUGCCUACCCAUUUUCCUCGACCUGCCCCGACGACCAAACAGCAGUUCCAGCGCAACCACCCUCGCCAUCUAGCUGGAACCCGCCGCUCCCCUCUUCGUAUGCCGAACAUGUCGUCGUUACUGUCUCUGCGAGCGAUUCCGAUGGCCCAAUCACGUCGCGGCCUGCCUCACGAAGUGAUGACGACAGAGCAAGUCCCAAUACGGAUACCGGGGAUGAUGCCCACGACAAUGACGAUGAAGUACAAAAUGGAAUGGGACAUGUGGACUACGAGUCCACGAGGUUAGAUACGGACGACGAGUUAUCUGCAGAGCAAUCAGGCGCAGCAACAGUCCAAGGUGGCUCGUCAGUGCCCACAAGCUCUGCACCUAGGAUCUCGCACACAUCACCAUCCCGGAACGCCGACGAAGAUGUGGAUAUGCAGCAUAACUGGGCCGACGGGUCAUCGAUGCCAGACAGUUACUUCUCUCAAUUAAGAGUUAUUCCAACAUCGCCUUCCUCUUACCUACGGCCAGGGAGCAAAUUUUAUGGGACACAACACUCAGAAAGGCAGAUUUAUGACGUGCAGGUCGAAAUUAAACAUGUCGACUUGGCGGAAUCUUUCCUAUGCGGAUAUCUGCGCAUACAAGGCCUAACAGAGGACCACCCGACUUUGACAACGUACUUUGAGGGCGAAAUAAUUGGCCCCAAGUACUCAUUUACAACAAAGCAUCCGUCCUGGGGAGCCAAUGAAAAGACAGAUUUGACACACUGGUCAAAGUUCGCGGCCUUCCGACCGUUUGCUAAGGCGGCACGCAAAGGGGGAGCAGUCAUCCGCGACGUUGCGCAGCGCGAGCACAUAUUCAUGCGCUGGAAGGAAAUUUUCCUAGUGCCCGACCACCGGGUACUAACUAUCAAUGGUGCCAGUUUCGAGGGUUUUUACUACAUUUGCUUCAACCAGAUCAGAGGUGACAUUACUGGCAUUUAUUUUCACAGCAAGAGUGAAAGGUUUCAACAGCUAGAACUCAAGCAUGUGGAGGAUAAGGGUUGUUUCAGCGCCAUGGAAUUUCGAUAACUCUCCCAGUCAGUCGAGGAUGCGAUCGAUGGACGCGAAAAUUUGACACGUUUAGUUGCUGCACGUCCGAUGUAGGAGCUGUGAAUUGUUUGUUGGAGCCGCAAGAAGGUUAGCUGCAGCGCAGGCGCAGGCCUGACUAGCUUACUAGGGCUACAUGCGUCACGGUGCGAAGCAGCAAACCACUGGACUGUUGACCCAUAUUCCAAAUACAUCUGAAGUUUGAUGAUGACAGGGAAUUUGAUCUUGGCACGGCGCACGGAAAGGGGAGUUUGGUGUUCUUUGGUCCUAAGUUGCAGCAUUUGGGAGGAUGGUUCGGCGACCUGAACUCAGCAUCAAGGCAUAUAUAAUAGGGUUAUUAUUUUUUUUAUUUUUUUGAGCGGCGAAGAAUGAACCUACGGGAAUUUGUUUCGAACUAGAAAACUUGCGCCUUGCACUAGACUAGUCUGUCUACCUUCUGCAGGCUCUUGGUAUUCGGAGCUGGACAACGAUGCAUAGUCAUGAAUAUCAAACUUUUCGGUAUC